AUGGAGUUGGAGAAUGAGGCGAAAGCGGGGUUGAGUGCGGUGGAGAGGCUUGCGAUGAGUAAACCAAAGUAUGUCAAAAGCCAGAAAGUUAUCAGCUCUACCCAGGAACCUGUGAUCUCUGUCGGAUCAGUGUCUGUCAGCAGCCAGGGCUCAUCCAACCGGAGCUCCAAGGGGAAACUUCCUGGGCUACAUAUUAGAAGCGUCAGCAUCUCGGACUCGGACGACGGUUUCUCCAGGAGCAGUGAGGAAAGCAGCGGUCUUCAGGAGGACGAGGUGCUGGAGAAGAUCCGGCAGGAGACGUCUGUCAUUGAGAGAAAUGCCAGGCCCGGCAGUCCAAUCAGUGGCGCCAUGUUGGGUAGCAACAAGAUGAAUACGGAAUUUCUAACCAAUCAGAGGCCGUGGGGGGCGUGCCUACAUGCCACACUCCGCACCGUGUUUACUUCCGUCAAUAUUUCCAACGCAGCAGGACAGAGGACGCAUCAAAGGGGAGCUCUGUGUCUGCAGGAAAUAUUCUCUGUCAAAAUGCCUUUCUUGGGCCAAGACUGGCGGUCUCCUGGGUGGUGUUGGGAGAAGACAGAGAAUGGUUGGAAGAGAAUCAUAAUGUACGGGCAGGAGAAUAACACCAUGGACUAUGCAGAACCGUGCGCUGACGACAAAGAGCAUGUGUUUGUGGGAGACGUGUGUGAGCUGACCAGCGUGAAGCAGCAGAAAGACCUCUACAACCACAGCACCAAGUCUCUGUUCGUAAAAGACAAAUGGAUAUAUGUGCAUAAAGUCAGCACAAAAGAGAGGCAAGGAUACAGCACACUCGGAGAGGCCCUCAACCGCCUUGACUUUUCUACUGCUGUUGAGGACUUGCGGAGAUUCGACUAUGUUGCUAAACUUUUCCAGUUAAUUGCUAGGUACCAGCUUGCAUCAUUAAGCGGAGCUGCUCAGAAGAAUUACUUCAAUAUACUUGAAAAAAUUGUACAAAAAGUGCUCGAUGACUGCUAUAACCCGCGCCUUGUCAAAGACCUGCUGCAGGACCUCAACUCCACAUUGCACGGUCUGACCAUUCACGUAGGGAGGGUGGUCCUGGUGGGGAAUAUUAACAUCUGGAUGUCCCGACUGGAAAAUAUCCUCAAGUGGCAGGAGCAGCUCAACAACCUGCAGAUCCCAAAACAACUGUGCAGUGGCAUGUCUUUGUGUGACCUUCCCAUUCAAAUGCAGAACCUGAUCAUGGGGAAACUGUCUGAUGCUUGUGACAUCAUCAAUGUGGGUCAGGCAAUGCCCACUUUACGCUGCGUCAGUGAAGACAAGAUCCUCUGGAAAAAGCUGUGCUACUUUCACUUUUCUGAUAAAGAGUAUCAUAAGAACCUAGUUUUAACAAAGAACGACAAUGUGGACUGGAAGAGGAUGUACUACACGUUGAAGAAGUACUAUCCAAUGAAAGAGCAGUACGGAGACACGUUGCACUACUGCAAACACUGCCACAUCCUCUUCUGGCAGGACCUACACCUGGCAUUAAUAUUCAAGGACUGGGGGCAUCCCUGCACCGCCAUCGACCCAGACAAGUGCCUCAAACCCAUCUCCCCACAGGACUUUAUUGAACUCUUCCAGUAUUGA